UUCUGCACAGGUGACUCAGCUCCCGCACGUCCUCGGCUUCGACUUUCGACGAUGAAUGCUUGGACGAUGACUCGACGAUAUGUCGACAGUAGAUCUACGGUGCAUUCCAAGAUCAAGAUCUAGAUUAGCAGAUAUGCGGGUGUAUGCGCGCACUUCCGUGAAGUACUACUACUAGUAGUACUACCGACCCGUGGAGUGUAGCCUGCUUGGGUCAGUGAAGCCACUGAAGGUCUCCUUUCCGGCAGUUCAGAGCAGUUCAGAUAGAGUUUUGGCCUGCUGAGCGAUGGACGAAGUUUAAUUUGCUAGCUCUACUUGUCCAAAGAGGCAAAGUGUUGUGUUCAUAAAUAACUAUGGCGUGUUCCAAAUCCCUGGGAAAAGGCUCACAACUGACGUUGCCCGGGCCAGAAUGUACUUCGAACUACUAGUUCCUACUUCAGCGCAUCUAUUGGUGUAAGUAUUCGUCGCAUCCUGCGCCUGUUGGGGUGGCGCGUCAGCUACCAGAGUACGUUCAUGUCCAACCUACCAGGACUUGAAACUCGUGUUUCUGGAAGAAAAAAUUAGUUUUCGUCGCAGCAUGUCAUCCACUUGUAGAGGCGACGGCAGGAUGGACCACUUCUGCCGAUUGAUCCUCCUUCUAGUUCUGGUGCUGAGCUUGAGUGCGCUGCCGGUGGUGUUAGUGGGGGCACAGUGUCCGGUGCUGCAAGCCAACGAGUCACACGUGGAGCUCUGUGCAGAUUCCUGCGAGAGUCAGCUGAGAAAUAGAAAUGUGUCAUCGAAUGAAAGCUAUGCAUUACGUCGCGAGGCUGAUUCAAUAUUUUGUUACCAAUACUGUGAAUUGGCCUACACGCGGGGCCUUUGCCAUUGUCGGACAGCCAAAUGCUGGAGAUCAUUACCCUGCCUGGUGGCAUGCGGCAUAGCUGGUGUGUUUGACCAUGUUGCUAGCGGCACGAACACACUGCAGACCUGUCUACGCACAACCGUGUAUCCGGACAGGAGUAUCUCGAUGGACGUGGCGUGGCUACCACUUGUCCAUGAUCUCAAGCACCUUGGUUUGAUCAGCACAUACGGAGCAACUUACAGACCAGCGGAUAGUGUCAAUGACGGAAACUUCGUUGUUGACCACCCGCAUCAAGUAUACCGAAACUCUCUUCUCCCAGGCGUACUGCAUGUGUCAUGUGACGUGACCAACACGGACACCAGCUAUCAAUGGAACAAUAUCGUCCCCUACAAUGUCAUCAUAUUCCUCAGGCGCAUAGAUUACCAAAUCGUUGGCCAGCCAAGACACACAGAGCUGCAUAACCACAGAAGGGAAGAACAACGACCAUUCAUUUCAUCACCAGCCUGUCAUCACGUUGUGGACAAUCUAUCACGAUGUCUGGAUAAGCAGUACAAUAUCACCAUGCCAACAGAAUACUACGACAAGAUCGUUAUCACGGAUUUCAAAGUGCAGAAUGCAAAGGGUGGCAAUACUGUAGCAGCAUCAAGCAUUGUGGAUGGCGCUGGUCUUGAGAGCUGUCACUACACGCUCGCCCUGGACGCCUUGUGGUGGUACGAGCUGUUCGAGCAUCGGGGGACCGGUCUCACCGCGUCUGCCUGGGACCACGCGGCGCAAAGCUGCACGCCGCACUCCUGCUGGUGCUGGGAGAGCUGUGCAGUGCAGCACCGUGUAUCGCUGGACGUGAUCGUCAACGAUGACCUGGCAAUGCGGUAUAAUCACACAAUGGAUUUUGUGGAAGAGCAAGAAGACGACUAUGUACACUGCCCUAACAUCAGGGUGAACAGGAGUUUUUCAGUUGACAUUCCCGCCACCAACCUGCUGCUGGGACGAAUAGCUGAUAGCUCUCUGCUGGGUACGGAACUCGUCAACGUUUCCGUUACGGCAAGCAUACAAUCGUACUACGUGGUGGACAAAUACUUUGGACCACUGCAGAAGUCGUCCAUCAUCACUUACUCGCUGGUCGAUAUUCCAGUCUAUCUCAAGGAUCCAUCCAAGGAGGAUAAUGAUCACACUUCUCCACCUAGCAAUACCUCAACACCACCCCAUACUGCCUUUGCAAACACCAUGUCAUCAAAGAACACCGCUACCUCGCGCUCUCCAGGCCGCAUACCACACACCUCCGUCAGCGCCGUUGCCGACGGUCAGUCAGUUGCCAUGGAGAUAAUCGUGCCGGUCGUCAUGGUGAUUCUGCUGGCGGUGAUGGGCGUUGGUGGGCUGAUCUUCAUACGCAUGUGGAGAUACCAGAAGUGGCGGCCACGCUGUGUUGCCAAGAACAGCACGCUGGAGAAGCUCCAUCAGCUGCCAGUUCAGACAAUCACCAACGAUGGUUACCAAGCUCUGAAAAGUGACUGGCCAGCUGUGAGACGUAAUUGUAUCAAUCUGGAAUUACAACUUGGAAGUGGACAGUUUGGUGAGGUCUACAAGGCUACCGUCACCAAUCUGAUACCGCGCGAAGCAGCCACACAAGUCGCCGUCAAGGUACUCAAGCAAGGAUCGUCGCCU